AUGACAACAGUUAGGGCCUUAAUAACUACAACAGUUAAGAAGGGCUGGUCCAUCUCACAGUUGGAUGUGAAUAAUGCUUUCCUCCAUGGGAAUCUCAAUGAAGAAGUAUAUAUGCAGGUACCACCUGGGUUAGUAAUAGACAAACCAGGUUUAGUCUGCAAACUGAACAAGUCUCUCUAUGGUCUGAAGCAAGCAAGUAGACAAUGGUAUGCAAAACUGACUGAGGCACUAUGCUCAAGGGGCUACACACAUUCCAUGUAUGACUAUUCACUCUUCUAUAAAAGAAAUGAAAAUACAUCAAUAUAUGUUGCUAUAUAUAUAGAUGAUGUGUUAUUGACUGGAACUGAUCAGCAAGAGAUUGCACAGCUCAAGAGCUUCCUAUAUGAGCAGUUCAAGAUCAAAGAUCUAGGACAGCUUCAUUAUUUCCUAGGACUGAAAAUUAUGUAUAAGGAUGAUGUGGCCAUUAUAUCACAAAGAAAAUUUGAGUUGGAUCUGCUGAAGGAGUACAAUUGUCUGGAACACAAGGCUUGCUCUUCACCUUUAGACCCUACUAUAAAACUAAAAGCCAAGGAAGAGACAAUACUGCAGGAUCCCACUUACUACAGGAAAUUAGUAGGCAAACUAAAUUUCCUAACCAACACCGUAUUGGACAUAGCAUAUAGUGUUCAACACUUAAGCCAGUUUAUGCAGGAGCCCAGAGAACCUCACCUGAAAGCAGCAUUUCACUUGUUAAGAUACCUAAAGAAUGAUCCUACCUUGGGAAUUUUCAUGUCAAAGGAUGGGGAUCAUACAGUCAAAGCAUAUUAUGACUCUGAUUGGGCAGCCUGCCCCGACUCUAUGAGGUCCAUCACAGGCUACCUGUCUGCCUUGCAUAUUGCAAGGAAUCCAGUAUUUCACGAGAGGACCAAGCAUAUAGAAGUCGAUUGUCAUUUUGUGCGUGAUCAACUACAAGCAGGCUUGAUCUCUCUCCAUCAUAUCAGAACAGACAACCAGCUCGCGGAUAUCCUAACUAAAGCAUUGACAGGGAUCAAACACAGUGCUACAUUAGGCAAAUUGGUUGUAUUUACUACACCUCCAACUUGA